GCUGUGUUUGAGAAAAGCCCUCCACGGCACCCGUAGCCGCAUCCCAGAUUCAGCCGUUGCUGUCACAACAAGAGAAAGAGGAUAAUAAGUUAUUAGUAAACUGACAGAAGAAUAAUCCUCCCCAUAACGACUCCGAGCAGCUAACGUUUUAUUUCAAAAUGUCUGACAAAAGUGAGCUGAAAGCAGAGUUAGAGAGAAAGAAACAACGACUGGCUCAGAUCAGAGAGGAGAAGAAGAGGAAAGAGGAAGAGCGCAAGAAGAAAGAGCUGGAUGGACGGAAGGAGGGAGCGUCUCCUCCGCAGGAUGACUCUGAUCUGGAGAGGAAGAGGAGGGAGGCAGAGGCUCUGCUGCAGAGCAUGGGGAUAGUGGACGCCUCCAUGGUGCAACCUCUGCGUGUGGUAACAGAGGAUACAUGUCUGUUUCACUAUUUAGUUCCCCCUCCCAUGUCCCCCUCUGCCAAAUCAGUGGACACACCCAGCGAAACGGGCAGCCAGGACUCAGGAGACGGCGGCACGGGGCCGAGGACUCUUCAUUGGGACUCUGACCCCUCUACUCUACUGCUCCAUUCAGACUCUCAGCUCGGACGUGGCCCGUUGAAACUGGGCAUGUCAAAGGUCACGCAGGUGGACUUCCCGCCCAGAGAGCAGGUGUUGUACUCAAAAGAGACUCAGACGCCUACACAGACUCAUCACAAAGAUGAUGAGGAAGAGGAGGAGGAAGAUUUGGCAGUGCCGCAGCCUGCUCUGGAGAAUCAAGAUGAGAAAGAGUCUCAGAAAGAGGAAGAGGAAGCGCCACCUCAUGAGCUGACGGAGGAAGAGAAACAGCAGAUUCUUCACUCGGAGGAGUUCGUGACUUUCUUUGACCACAGCUCUCGGAUCGUGGAGCGCGCUCUCUCCGAGCAGGUAGACGUGUUUUUCGACUACAGCGGACGGGACCUUCAGGAUAAAGAGGGAGAGUCUCAGGCUGGAGCCAAACUCUCGCUGAACAGACAGUUUGCGGACGAGCGCUGGUCCAAACACAGAGUGGUCACCUGUCUGGACUGGUCACCGCAGUACCCUGAGCUGCUGGCGGCGUCAUACAGCAGUAAUGAAGACGCUCCACAUGAGCCCGACGGCGUGGCUCUCGUCUGGAACAUGAAAUAUAAGAAAACCACACCGGAAUAUGUCUUCCACUGCCAGUCUGCAGUGCUGUCAGCAGCGUUUGCACAGUUUCAUCCUAAUCUGGUGGUUGGAGGCACGUACUCGGGGCAGAUCGUCCUGUGGGACAACCGCAGUAACAAACGCACCCCUGUGCAGAGGACGCCCCUCUCCGCCUCGGCUCACACGCACCCGGUGUACUGUGUGAAUGUGGUGGGGACGCAGAACGCUCACAAUCUCAUCAGCAUCUCCACUGAUGGCAAGAUGUGCUCCUGGAGUCUGGACAUGCUGUCCACACCACAGGACAGUCUGGAGCUCAUGUUCAAACAGUCCAAGUCAGUGGCCGUCACCUCCAUGUCAUUUCCUCUGGGUGACGUCAAUAACUUUGUGGUGGGCAGUGAGGACGGGUCCGUCUACACCGCCUGCAGACACGGCAGUAAAGCGGGCAUCAGUGAGAUGUUUGAGGGUCAUCAUGGACCAAUCACAGGCCUCGACUGCCACACAGCGGCAGGACCGGUCGACUUCUCUCACCUGUUUGUCACUUCCUCUUUUGACUGGACUGUCAAACUCUGGAGUACCAAGAACAAUAAGCCCCUGUACUCUUUCGAGGAUAAUUCGGACUACGUGUACGACGUCAUGUGGUCUCCCACACACCCCGCUCUGUUUGCCUGCGUGGACGGAGUCGGACAUCUGGACCUGUGGAACCUCAACAACGAAACUGAGGUUCCCACAGCGAGCGUGACGGUGGAGGGAAGCCCUGCUCUGAACCGCGUGCGCUGGGCUCAAUCGGGACGAGAGGUGGCCGUCGGCGACUCUGAGGGCCAGGUGCACAUUUAUGACGUCGGAGAGCAAAUCUCAGUGCCGCGGCAGGACGAGUGGACGCGCUUUGUGCUCACGCUCACCGAGAUCAACGAGAACCGCGAAGACGUGGAGGAACUGGCCGCUCAGCGAUUGGCUGCAUGAUCACCAUAGCAACCCCCACUGACCAAUGACGUUUCCCCUGCAUUUGCAUAUCUCCACUCUCUCCGCAGUUACUUUAGUGACAAUCUCGGGCUCUUUUUUUAUUUAUGGUGACA